AUGAGGAAGACGCGCGCCAAUAUCUUCCGCGAUAUCUACUAUCAGCCCUACGACGAUUGCACGAGGCUGAAGCUCUACUCUAGUAGCAAAGCCAGCUUACAGCUGAUACAGCGUAUGUCAUUGCUAAAGAGAUUGAAGGUGCACAACGGUUGUGUGAAUUCCAUUUGCUGGAACAGCAACGGAGAAUUGAUACUGUCCGGCAGUGAUGAUCAGCAUCUUGUUUUAACUAAUGCAUAUAAUUACGAGGUAUUAACGGACUAUAAGACGAGUCAUAGAGCAAAUAUUUUUAGUGCCAAGUUUUUGCCUAAUAGUGGAGAUCAUCGGAUUGUUUCUUGCAGUGGAGAUGGCAUUAUUUUAUAUACAGACCUAAUGAGAAGAACGGAGACGUUCCAUAAUCAAUUCAAUUGUCACACCGGCACUACUUAUGAGAUAGCCACGAUACCUGGUGAGCCGCAGAGUUUCCUGAGCUGCGGAGAAGACGGGACUGUGAGAUGGUUUGAUCUCAGAGUGAAGGAUAAAUGUAGCACUGCAAGAUGCAGAGAAGAUGUGUUAAUCUCGUGUCAAAGAGCCGUGACGGCGCUGUCCGUGAAUCCUGUAUUGCCUCAUCAAAUAGCAAUCGGCUGUUCCGACAGCACCGUACGAACCUACGACAGAAGGACUCUCAGCACCGCGGCCACUGGUUUGACAGAUACUGGAGCCUCGGAGAGACCACUGUGCAGUUUCACGGUCCCAGAAUUCGAGGGCAACUCUUACAGAAUUACAUCGUUGAGCUAUAGCCCAGACGGACAAGACGUUCUCGUCAGUUAUAGCAGCGAUCAUCUUUAUUUAUUCAGUGUCAAGGAUCAAGGUAGUUUGCAGCUACGAAAAGACGCGAUGUUGGCAAAAGGUAAAGGGAAGAAGCAUCCGUUGCGGUCGCCUCAGCCAGUUCGCCGUUUGAGACUUCGCGGCGACUGGUCCGAUACUGGACCCGACGCGCGGCCGGAAAGGGAAGGUGGGCGUCGCAGUGGCACAGAAAUUGCCCAGGCAAGGCCGGUACUGCACACUUCCUUGAUGCAACGGAUGACGGAUGUGCUCAGCAGGAUGUUAAAUGAUCCCGCCACUCGUGCCGCUCUCAGUGGCGGUGGUGAGGACAGUUUGGAGGGCGUGAUCGAACAACAGGAGGGCAUUCAAAACGCAGACAACAAUGCCGAAUCAAAUGCGGAAAGGAGCAACGAGUCAGCUGAAAUGAGUACGGAACAGAGCGAAAAUCCGGGAACGAGUAACGGGAAUGCAAGAUCGCAGACUGACGGGGUCGAAAGUGCCGAUGCGAGCGAGAUGACUGAUGCCGAGCGACAGCAAACGAGGGAGAUCGAAGAGUCCGUGAGGUACGGGCAGUUAGUGCCGUUGAGCACGUCGGAGAGUGCGAGCGAUGACGUUCCUAUGGAGACUGAAUCUAGUCAAAUCGACCAAGUGCAAACAGCUUCCGUGGAAUCUGCGUGUAACCAUGGCAGAACUGAACGUGACAAUGUGUGGGACGAGAGUAGGAACGUGGAUGAGAUGUCGUGCACGAGUAUGGCUAGCAAACAGGAGAACAUGAUGGAAAAUCUUCAAGACAGAUUAACGACGAUGCGGGACGGCUUCCUCGAAAGACAUGGCAGUGAACCGGCUGUGAGUUUAACGUACUCUGACAAAAGCUCAACCAGUGCCACGAUAUCGCUCGGUGUCGGCGAUGAAGUGACUCGUGAUAGUUACCAUCCAGGACCGUCUGGAAGUAAUAGCGACGGAGCUCUCGACGCAGGUCCGAGUAACAAUCGCAAACAGCACAACUAUAGCGAUAUUAGGGAAAAAACCGAAGAAGCUGCGUAUAUCGAUAGCGAAGAUGAGGACGUUCAAGACGAAAGGUUACUAAAUCCAGUCGAGGCGGAGAUGGAUGAGGCAAUCGCGAACGCUCGCUCGUCGCAAGGGCAUGAGACGUACGACGACACAUAUCUGACGGAACUCUGCGUAAAACAAAAGUACAUGGGUCAUAGAAACGCCAGGACCAUGAUCAAGGAAGCGAAUUUCUGGGGCAACGAUUUCGUCAUGUCGGGCAGCGACUGCGGCCACGUGUUCGUCUGGGAGAGGGACACCGCCAGGCUGUGCAUGUUGUUGGAGGCGGACCAGCACGUGGUCAAUUGUCUGCAACCGCAUCCGUAUCUACCGAUGCUGGCCACUUCCGGUAUCGAUUACGACGUGAAAUUGUGGGCGCCGAUCAACGACGAGCCAAGCUUCAACGAGAAGUUCGCGGAGGACCUGAAAAAGAGAAACGCGGUCAUGUUGGAGGAGACCAAAGACACGAUCACUGUACCUGCGGUUUUUAUGAUCCGUAUGCUGGCAUGCCUGAAUCAGAUACGCAGAGGUCGAGGUCGCAACAGGAGGCGGAGCAGCGACGAGAGCGGCGAGCUACGAGGUGGCUAAAGCAUCUGCGGCGAUACUGCAAGUGGUGACGAUAACGAGAGCGAGUGACUACCGAUCGAAUCGAUGGGGAUCGGUCUUGAUCGGCGCGAAUAUAGAUUCCGCAUAUGCAAAGUCCAAUUCGUAUGAUAUUUUAAUAUAGAUAUACACCGAUAAGAUAUCCAACGCGGACGUUGCCGCGUAUCUGUAUAUAUCUCCCGUGUGCUUGUAACGAGAUACCAGAUUGGUAUAGAUUAUGCCGUUCCUCGAGUGCGGUAUACGCGUUUCUCUUGCCACCUUUACGUGCAAUCUCACGCGAAACCUCCGAUGAUGCGGUGCGUGUUGCUCGGAUGUGCGUGCAAAAAAAAAGGAGUUUCGCCUGUAAAUCUUAUUUUUUGCGUUUCACACGAUCCCCGCGACUGCGAUGUGUGUUGGUUCUUGCGAGUGAUACCUGUCACGUCGCCUAUUUUCAGUGGAGGAGUUCGUCGUUGAUGCAAUACGUAAAAUUAGUAUGCUAGUCGAAGGUUUGCGGCAACUUGGGGCGCUUCGCCCCCGUUCGCUUCAUACUUCAACGUGUAUUAUUAGGGUGUAAGUACGCGAGGGAUAAUAAAACUGCCUGUGCCGUCGUUAUUCUUGAUGAUAACGGAGAAAGCGAGCUAUCGAAUGCAAUCGGAGACUGCUAGGAUUUCGAACUCUUACAGUUGUAUAAUUUUAGACUUUAAUUAUUUAUUUUAUUACAAUUUCACGAGUGUCCUCCGUAUGUAUGUCGGGAGUAAAAUAGUGUUCUGUAAAGUAGUUUUCGUGCUCGUAAGAGGACGAGGUACAUGGCAUUGGGUUCUCGUAGCUUUACGUUCGAGAGAGACAUUUUUACCCUCUUCCGUUAUUACUGCGUGAGCAGCACGGUAAAUCCUGUAAAUCGCACGGUCUAGUUCCCGUGUGCGUUUUGCAAGUUUCGCUUGCGGUUCACUCGUUUUGUCGUGGAGGAUUCGAGGAAUGCAAGGAUAGCGGAGAAUACAGCUUGCUCCCGUAGAACAGGGCAAUUCGUUUAACAUUAAGAUGUUUGAGAAUUUCAUUGUAAGGCGAACUGUAACACGUGCCUUACAGGAGGAUAGAAGGGAGGACUUUAAGUAAAAACAAAGCAAUAAUAGUAAUAAUAGUAAUUGCAGUCGUUUGAGGUAUAGGCAGCUUUGUGAGAUAUGUCGAGAGUUCUAGAUCGACGGUAGUCGACAAUCGCGUCGUCGCUUGCGUAAUUUUAAUACGAUAGUUAGUAGAUAUCUGGUAGAUAGCAAUUGUUAGCCGAGCAACGUACACGUAAGAAUGAACGACAUGUCUUUACAAUUAUAAUGUAUUAUUAUUAAGAAGGAUUUGUUUGUAAUAAAACGAAUGAGCGCGCAGCACACACAGCAUUGUUAUUGGAUUGUUAACCGUCAGUGCUGAUUAUCCUUUUUACCCGUAAGCUAAGUCCCACGUAAUUGGAUAUAGUUGGGGCAAAAUCUCGUUAAAAAUGCUGUAAAAGUGUACGGCGUUUGUAAUGAGCAUGUAGACAAUUCGCAGAGAUUUUGUUACGAUCUCGUGAGAAAUACAGAUUGUCAAGUUUCUUGAGCGCGAGAGCGUUCUGCUUUGAUCGUAAAACCAACGGUCGUCCGUUGUGCAUAACAACAAUUCUCGAUCCGACGACAUUCACACUGACGAUGCGGCGCGGGCGGGAAAGAAGUGAUUGAGCCAGGGGAGAAAUAAAUGAAAAUAGCAAGACGAAAUGAAACCACACGUUCAACAACAGAACCUAAUUUAAUAACAAAAUACGAACGCUGCAUUUGUAAUAAAAUUAAUCUUAGUAAACGAUAAUAAUAAAAUAAUAUUAAUGAUCGUAAUAUUAACAUUACAGAUAACGGCUGAUAAGAAUUAUAAACAUAUCCGCAUAUGGACUAUGGCGACUGUAGUAGAAGCGUACAAAAGGAUCGCGCGUUUACAAGCCAUUGCCUGAAUUAUCCUGUGACGGCACUCCAGACAAUCAAUUGUAUCUAUCGAGGGUCUCGUUGAAGCUCUAUCAUCGACGAUCUUCGAUCUACUGUAUCCUAACGUCCCAGCAAUCACUGUUUAAAUUUUAUUAAACGCACAUAUAUAUAUUUAUAUAUAUAUAUAUAUAUAUAUUAAUAAGAGAACGUUUCGUUGAAUAACGAAUCUUUGUUCAUAAUCGCUACCAUCAUUAUAGCAAACGUUCACAGAAUACACGAUUGUUUUAGCGGAUCACUAUUAUCAAUGCUUGCCGGGUAGAUCAUUGGUAAGCGGAAGAAGGGCUGGCAAUCAGUGUGUAGCAUAUCAAAGACGUAAAUGAGAUCACGGAUACAUCUUAUUCUGAAUAAAUUGCGAAUCACCGUAGCCAGAAAUCCUUCCCCACGUCUGAGGAUUCAAGAGUCUCGAGUGUAGAAUUCAAGAAAAUCGAUACAAGUGUGAAGAUCUUAUGAUUCGAAGCUAAUGCGUGCUGUAUCCUCGUUAAGGACAUGGCGGACUCUCGGUGGUACGGAUCUGAAUCUUGCGCGCAAUCUACAUCACUGCUUACAGCCAGGGAGAUUGGGGCAAACUCAUGUAAGUCUCGAGCGGGAAUUGAAACUCAUCAUUCGUUAAUGAUCGUAAUUUCAAUUCCCGGUCCCCGAGGGAGAGAGCUAGACGAGAAGAAAAAAGAGAGAGAGAGAGAGAGAAGAUAAUCGAGGAUCUUCGAUCGAGGAAAUGACCUGGCGCGCGGAACGUGUGUGGUUCGACUGUGAUGGACAGCUGUUGUGUGUACGUGUAUUUCCUUCGUUUUUAUUUCUCUGAACAUUAGGACAAAAUUGUAAUCAAUCGCUUAUCCGUUUAUCCGUAGAUCCAAUAAUGUCUGUAAUAAUGAAGUUUAGCGUUUAUACCUAGAUGUACCGAUGAGAGAGAGAGGGAGAGAGAGUCGAUAAUCUUUCGUUCAAACGCGUUUCGUUCCAUCCCUUCAUCAGUGGCUGACUCGUGAGAAACGCGACAUCCCGCUCACUCACCGAGCAGAAUCCCCCGCAAAAAACGGAUGGACCGGGGGAGGAUCAAGAGGAAUUAAUUCCCAUGAAAUCGAAUACCUUGUCCUUGAGAGUAAAUACUGAUCUCAAAAAAGCUUUUCUCUCCCCCCCGGAGGGAUCGUCUUCCCUUGAACCGGGGUUCAAGGACACGUUCGCAGAAUCAAUUCCCCAUUAAAUCCCUGUUCUCGACUCCACCAUUUGUCGCAGGAUCGCGCUUGUCCGAUCGCUUUGUCGCAUCGCCGCGGAUCUCUCUGAAACGCAGCGGUGGUCGGAACACGGCCGGAGAAGACAGCGCCAAGAGUCCGAAUACAAGUGCUUGCUUUUGAGCCUCACGCGUACGGCCGAAGCGAACGGAUCUCCGAGUACACACAUCGAGUGUACACGGCCAACUGCGUGCGGCUGCGUUCUUUCUUCAAUUUUGAUUGAAUAAUUUCAGAUACAUACGUCGAGCAACGGGAUCAAGUACACUGUAACUGCUAUCGAAUCCCUCGAGUACUGCGCUCGAAGAAAACAGCUAACGCAGCAGUAAAGUUUUGAUGACACAGUUUCGAAUGACUUAAUUAAACGUGCGUAAAAUUAAUUAAUUGCAGAAGGCUUACACGCAAGCGAAUAUUAAAAUAAGAUAAAUAUAUAACGCAAA